AUCAAUGACCAUAUAAGGCAAUGCAAACGAAGGACACUAUCCUUGGGGAAUAUGUUUGAUAUGUAAGAAGGCAGUUAUUUAUUGAUAAAAUCAGGGUGUUUCCAAGGAAGAAAAUAGUUUUUCACUUUAUGCCCGUUACUUCUGGGCGCUGUUAAAAAUUAAACGCAGCAAAGAGAUUGGUAGGGCAUGCGCCUUAAAUCAAUGGCGUCUUUUUUCCCUUGGCACUGCAAAGUAGGGGGGAGGCGUUAAAUACCAUGGCAACUAAUAAUAAUGUCCUCUUCUUUCAUAGUAUAAAUUUAGCUUGCAAGAUAAUUUCAAAGAAUUGCUCAUAAUGAUUUUAAUAAGACUUCCUCUAUGUGUCGUUUUAGGAACGUAACAGUAUCUUCAAGUUGGUCUAUCGAAAAUUUCCCUUAUUUUCCUCUUUUAAGAAUGAAUUUAACAGAUUCGCUGUUUCGUUGCCACGGAAAUAGAAAAGUUAUCAAACUUUUAAAGAAAGUUCGUCUCUAGAUAUACAUACACGGCCAAAAAGUUUGAAGUUCGCUGUUACAAAACAAAAAGAUAUGAUCUAGGAUUGACUCGGUGGUUGGGGACUUGGGAAAACAGUGUCGAAUCUGUUUUAAAGAUGAUAAUAAGUUGAUGCCCCAUGGAGUCACAGGAAUUUGCACAAUUAAGAAAAGCUAAGUAGAGAGUGAAAAUUGACAGUAUUUAUUCUUGAAAAAUUAUUUAUUUGAUUUACUUUAAAAACUUCAGCUGAGCUGGCUUAUGGCUGAAGAAGCGCGAAACUAAAUUAGCUAACAAGGAAUGUGUUGAGCUUAAUAAUUAAUAAUAGCCGAGGAUCCAGUAAAAAUGCUGAUAACUUUACAAAUAGAAGCGCUGAAAACUGCCGCAAUAGUCAACAGAAUGAGCUAAUUGCUAAUAAUAUGCUACUUAAGCCAGGUUUCCAUUUCAUCUCUCACGAUUGCGCGAUCACUAAAAUGGUGCGACUACUUGGAAACCAGCCUUUAACGUAACUCUGACCGUCGUUCACCUGUUAUGUAAACAUUUGUAAAAAAGCCCGAACGAGCUUUAUGUUUUACGUUUCCUUAGCAAGCCUUAUUUUGUCUUCUUUUUAGCAAAAUUAAAAAAAAAAGAUAUAGAAAAUAAAUUGAUAACGUAUGCUUUGUUUCGAAUACUCAACCACUUCGACUAUCACUUUUUCGAAAUUGAAUUACGAAUUGUCCUCACAUUCCAAACAUACUUUAAAAAAAUUGUCAAGCUGUGACUGGAAAACAACAACUUUUCAUUUAACCUAAUUAAACUGAUAACUUGAGAUUACUCUCUAGAAAAAUAAUCAGAAUUGCUCUAAGACUAUAUUUAUUGACGACACACAUCACCUAAUUCCCCAUAAUGCAUUGCCGUAGCGCGGUUCAUGCGGCAUUUUGGAUGCGCGUGUAACAUGGUAAACACGGUUCUAUUAUAUUUAUUACAAAGGUAUCCUGAUUGGCGACAUAACAAACUUGGCUUUCUCGUGUAGACUUCUAUGGUAUGUCAGUUUCUUGAGUUUUAAUGAUUUUUCUAACUAUAUGAUUUGUGCAAUUUUAGUUCGAAGAUGUUCCGAGAUGGUCAAAUGGAAAACUUUAAGGGAGCGUGGGUGAGAUCUCAGCACGGGGCCAAUGAAAUAUUUCGCCUCCCGCUCGUAAUUAAUCUGGGUCCGCAUAAAAUAGCUAGUAAGUUUGUUUUUGAGUCUUAGUUGGCUGUGUUGAAGGGAAGUCAUUCGCGCAUCUUAAUCCACGGGUCAUGUAUUUCUAUCUCGUAUCAUGCCUUCUAAUGGCAAGCAGCUCAAAUGGUAAAAAACAAAAGCCAGUGGUUAAUGACGGGGGUGAAUUCUCUUUCGCGAACUUCAACGAACAUCUGAACUCCUAUCUUGAGGUGCAAGCGCUAGUAAGGACGAUGGAACCGAAUUUGAUGAUGUGCUGGGAGAAGUGCAUGGAUGAGUUCCCAUCUUGUUUGUCGAUCAAUGCAGGAAAAAAGGACUCUGCUGAUUCGAUUUAUAAGACCUGGUGCGAACUUCUGUCUGACGACAAGUUUAACGCCUCAGACAAGUUCAACUUUAACACGUCGUCAAACCAUUACAGCAUUCCGAAUCCGUGUGACCAACUGAAGUGUGCGAAUGGCGGAAAAUGUCGUGCGAACUAUGGCGGUAAUACUGGAAAAUGUCAGUGUGGACCUGGCUUUACUGGGGAAACGUGCGACACAGAUGCCUUUGACGACUGCGCAAGUGCUCCGUGUAAGAACAAUGGAACUUGCCAAGACAUUGGAAACAGCUACAUCUGCACAUGCGCAGAAAAAUUCGCCGGGAAAAACUGCACACUGAAUUGCACGGCACUUGGCAUGGAGGACCGCAGGAUUCUCGACUCUCAGAUCACGGGCUCAUCGUCAUUGAGCUAUUAUUGGGCACCCGCGGCCGGGCGCCUGCGCAAUUCGUUCACAUUUGGCGUUACGUAUGGGUGUUGGCGGCCAGCACGCGCACAAGUCGACGAGUACUUACAGGUGGAUUUACUCGCGGUGAAGAACAUCAGCAAAGUCGCCACUCAAGGCCAGCCCUAUCUUCUCGACAUGACCCAUUGGGUGACGCGAUAUGCACUCAGCUACAGCCUGGACGGUGUCACGUGGACGAACUACCCGCACGAAUUUCCUGGUAAUACCGACCUUGAAUCAGUAGUGUCACACACACUUCCGGUCACCAUCCAGGCCAGGUACAUCCGGUUCGUGGUGAAGGCGUGGAAUGUCAACCCUGCGAUGAGAGUCGAGAUCUACGAGUGCGGGGCCUAACUCAGGAUGAAGUGAUAGCCGAUUACUUUCUUCAUUUAUUUGUUUGUGUCGUUUAUAGUCAUGUAGAACCAGGGCCGUAGCAGGGAGUGGGGUAUGGGGACAAGUGUACCCCCAAUGUUUUUUAUUAGACUAUAUUGGACUAUUAGAAAAUGACCAGAAUGAGCGUGGCUAGGCUAUGGUGUCGUUUAGUGUCUUUUAUAGUCAUGUAGAAACAGGGCCGUAGCUAUGCCACCAAUAUUUUCUUAAUCUUUCUGUAUCGUGCCCCCCCCCCCCCCCCCCUAAUAUUUGGAAGCCUGAUUUUUUUUCACUUAAUUUGCGUCGUUUUGUGUCUUUUAUAGUCAUGUAGAACUAGGGCCGUAGCAAUGGGGGACUGGGGGCAUGUGUCCCCCGAUAUUUUCAAAAACUAUAAGAAAAUGACCAGAAGGGGCGUGGCUGUGCCCCCAAUAGUUUAUUAUUUCGAAGCCUGCUACGGCACUGGGAACAAUUCCCUUCACGGAGGUGUACAACAUUCUUUUCAACCUUGUAUUGAUUUAUAGCUUGUUUACACACCACGCCUACGCGUCCAUCUAGUUUGUCUAUAGCCUGUUUACACACCACGCCUACGCGUCCAUCUAUUUUGUCUACAGCCUGUUUACACCCUACGCCUACGCGUCCAUCUAGUUUGUCUAUAGCUUGUCUGUAUUGUACACUCCCAAAUGUUUAAAGUUCACCAACUAACCACGCAGCGUAGAUUAGAGGAUGGUAGAGAUUUUUGUUUGCUCUACCACCAGACCACCGGUCAACACGUCUAGCGGCUUGAUAGAGAGACGCUUCGCCUUUUCGUCUCAUUUGCCUGUUUUCAGUGAAAUUCUCGAUUUUUUUAUGUAGCUUUGCACGCUUUGAAAAUAAAGCUUUUCUGCUUUAAAAACGGAGCAGGAGUAUGUUUUUUGGACUCUUUGAUGGUAUGAUGAAUACAUGUCAUUUUCAAGUAUCCUUGUAUCAAAGUGUUGAGAUUUGAUGCCUUUGCAUAGUCGAAUUACACUCGACCCGAAUCAAGGGCUUCAGUAUAAUAAGAGUAGGGGAUGUUUUGGUCGACUAACCCACAAGCCCUGGCUCAAUCAAAACAACCAAAUUCUGUGAAUGGAUAUUAAUCUCUAAAUGCCAUCCAAAGUCGUUCCUGAAUGCGAUAGAUGUACUCCAAAAUGCUGUCUUUGGGAAUGUAUUGAUAUUGUUGAAUAAACGUUUUUUUGCCUCUG